AUGUCUUUGGAAUAAAAACAAAAUUUACUAGUCAAAGAAAUCAUUGAUAAAGGAUUUAACAUAGACAACUUCUAAAAAUUCAUUGACCAACGUCACGACUUGGAAGAAUGGGAUUAUGAUGAAUUAGUAGAAGUCAUUAAGAAAUUCUAAGAUCAAUAGAACGAUUACUUUUAAGUACUUAAAUGUAAUAGGACCAUUCCAAACGCUAUAUCUAAUUCAGAAAAUUUGACCUCUACAGUUGUUGGUUAUGAGAAAGUGUAAAAAGGGAUUUUCAUGAGCACAUAUGUCUAUUUCAAAAUUGAAACUAAACCAAUCAAUUGGGUUGUAAGAAGGACAUAUGAAGAAUUUAUAGCCCUCAAGAAUAUGCUUAAUAAACAUUACAAUGUUCCAAAUAUCCCGAAUCAACGAAAAUCACCUGUUGAGUUUACCUACAUCAAGUAGUUAAGACAUUUGCAAAUGUUCUUGAAUUUUGUUUUAUUAGAUCAAGAAAUUAGAAGUCUUCCUGUUAUUUAAGACUUUUUAUCCCUUGAUUCAUUUCAACCUAAUUAGGUAAUUCCUUUUACAACUUUAAGUGGAGAUUUCGGUAUCAGAAUUAAUAAGUAAAUUGCUUGUUUUAUAAAAUAAUCUGAUUACUUCUUAAACAAUGUUUCGCCAUUGUAAAAAAAAGCAUAUAAACUAGUUAAAUAAUUGAUGAAAAACAUGCAAUAGCAAAAUCAGACCAUGUUCUAAUUAUCAGAUGUAUAUAAAGAAUUAUUUAAAGAGUCAAAAGCCUAAAACGCAAGGUUGAAAGAUUGCUAUAUCAUUGCAAGUCACCUUUUUGAAUAAUUGUCUAAAAUACAAACCGAUAACAUCAAAAUUUUGAAUGAAACAAUAUAUGCAUAGUAAAGGUUUUAGUUUCAUCAAAUCGCACCAUUGAAGGAUAUUUUGAACUAAAGGGAAAAACAUUAUAACCAAGUGUUUGACUUCUCAAAUAAACUAAAAGCAAAAAAAGAAAAAUUAUAUUAAUAAGGCGAGGUUGUUAAAUGGGAUCUAGAUGAAAGUUAUCUUGAUAGUUUUAAAUUAGAAUAAAUUAAAUCAACUCCAUAAAUCGCAUUCUAAUGCAUGUGUAAAACUGAUAAUUCUCAUUUAUAAGUCCUUAAAAACUAAUUUGGCUAGAUUAAUUUGAGGGCUUAUGAAGCAAUUGAGUCCGUAAUUAAAUAUACCUCCACUCAAUUUAAAGAUCAUCUUGAAAAAUUUGCACAACUGAUGACGACAUCUAUCCAUUAAUAUCAAAAAUUAUGGUCUGACACAUUGGAAAACCUAGCUAUAUCAUGA